CAAUAUGCAGGCGCGCUCCCAUGGGGUUAUUCCCAUCGCAGUGUCAAGUACAUUUAUAUCUCUGUCAACAAUCCAGCAUGAAUCUUGUGCUAAAACCAAUACAAUCUCAGCCCAUCAACGACGUCUUGAGCAGCUCUUCUACAAAGCUAGCAUCUACCAGCCCAACACAAUGAAGAGCCACCAUUUGGUGAUGAUGCUCGAAGAGGAGCCGCUCGACUUGUAAAGGUCCUUGACAGUUGGAAUCCGGUUUUUAGCUUGGGUGGUCCAGGUGACAAACGAUGUCAAAACCCUGACAAAUAAAUGUGGGGAAAAAGGGAGACCACUGGCUAGCAUGCGGUCAUGGCAAAGGUGUCAUCCUAGAGAAGAAGGGAUGAUGCAUACAGGUCUCGUUGUCAGGCUACUAGAACGGCAUAACGUGUUCCUCAGACUCACCACACCCCUCAGCGGUGCGGAAAGGGCAUGGAAGUAUUCCCUCUUCUGGUCCCUUCGAGACAUGGGGGUUUCUCAGAUAGAUCUUACCCUCGAUGGCAGCGAUGUCGGUGAGGGUGGAGGUAUGUAUCGAGUAUUUCGGCGUAGGGUAAUAAUCCGCCACGUCGAGCAUGGAUUUGGGAGUGAGUCGCCAUCGUUUCUGCGGUUACCGUGCGCCAUAUCGCAUUUACGAUCCACUGUUGACUCAUGGUGCACGAAUCCAACACGGGUCCUCUCCACCCCUUUGUCUUCCAUUCUUUCGAGGGUUCAACGUUCUUCCAAGAAGGCUGUUGAACCGAACCCGGAAAGAAACGUUGAGUCUUCGCAUUCACGGCCCCUUAGUGCUCGGAGGGGAGGGGAUUGCGCUGAACGGGCUUGGGCUGCGUAUACGUAUGGUGGCGUCACGAGCUUCGCGAGCUUGGCGAUGGACAUAGACCUGGCCCUCUCCGACGUCCACCCGCGCCAAUCAUCACCGCUUAAAAGCCAUCGCAGUUGCACAUACGCAGUAUCUGAAGUCUAUCCAAUCAUCGACGUUGGCCAGACAGGUCAAAGUGGGAAGGAAGGUGAGACGCUCAGCGUCACUACUGAGGAGGGUGAUGUGCACGAGUGCAUUGUGGAUGGAUAUAGCUCGUAGUUGGGUUGAUUGGAGGGGAUGACAUGGGCUGGAUGUGGUGGAACCGCAGCAUAGCCAAAAGAAUCAAAAUCGUCGCUAAUCCUCGGCUUGAAUUCGGUUGGAGUGGAUCUUGUGCUCUUGGAUGUGCUUACUACAAGCUUACUACGUCGGCUGAAUCUGACGGAAAUAAGAGGAAAUAAGGCGGCGAAAAGAAAGAGAUUGGCGUCCUUGAACUCUAUAAACCUUGGAUUGGGAAGGUUGGAUGAGGG